GCCGAGCGGCGUGUGCUACAAGGCCAUUUAUACUGGGUUAAUGCCGUUGCCUUCUCGCCGGACAGCUGUCUUAUCGUGUCGGGCUCUGGCGAUAAGACGAUCCGCGUAUGGGAUGCGGCCACGGGGGCCGAGCGGCGUAUGCUGCAAGGCCAUUCGAGCUCGGUCAAUGCUGUUGCCUUCUCGCCAGAUAGCCGGCUUAUCUUGUCGGGUUCUGACGAUAGGACAAUCUGUCAUUCGGGCCUGGUCUAUGCCGUCGCCUUCUCGCCGAACGGCCGACUUAUCGUAUCGGGCUCUGGCGAUGAGACGGUCCGGGUAUAGGAUGUGGUCACAGGGGCCGAGAGGUGUAUACUGCAAGGCCAUUCGCGCUGGGUUAAUGCCGUUGUCUUCUCGCCGGACAGCUGUCUUAUCGUGUCGGGCUCUGG